CAUAUAUUUCAAAUUAUAAGGGUAAAUUUAAGUCGCAGAUAAUUUAUUGGGGCAAAAUUAAAAAAGUAUUUCUAUAUUUAAUUAUACGGAUGGAACCACACGAUCGAGGCUUCUCGUCUUCGUCUGCCGCCGCACCAGACAGCGCUUUAAAUUCUUCGCAACGCCGCCGGAAACCCUCGCCGCCUUUGGAUGCUCCACAAUGGCCUCCACCUGCUUCAAGAUCGCCGCUCCUGCCAAGAACUCUGCCUUCCAGGAAUUCGCCCCUCCUCGCUCCGCCUUUGGGUGGCUCAGUCCCAGACUCUCCUUCAGCCGCAAAGACGCUGAUCCAUCUAUCUCCGCCGAUAAUGUGGCGGUAAGCUCGGAAUUAGCGCUUGAUUUCGAGUUCCGUCUAGAGGAUCCCGUCACGAUGCUUCCCGCUGACGAGCUCUUCUCCGAUGGGAAGCUAGUUCCCCUUCAGAUCUCGGCGGUGCGGCCCCAUGUCGAGUCGUUUGAGGCGAUCCGAUCUCCGGAUGCGGAGCGGCCUCGUCGGGUGACUGAUGUCCUUGGACCCGAGCUCUGUAGGCAGUCGCCUAAGGCGCCGAGGUGUUCGAGCCGGUGGAGGGAGCUAUUUGGCCUCAAGAAGCCGAAUAGCUCUAUUGCGGACAUUGAAAAAGCGGUGCCGGCGGACCCUUCUAGGAGUCUUAGCACCAGAUCUCUCCUCCAUCACCAUCCGAAGCCUUCCGUGGUCGAAUCCUCCAUCUCCACACCGCUUCUCCGCGAUUCGGACACGGAAACGGUCCCCAUUUUCUCCCGCCGCUCACUCUCCUCGUCGUCCUCCUCCUCAGGAGCCGACCACGACGAGUUUCCUCGGCUCUCCCUCGACUUUGAAAAGCCAGUUCGCGGCCGGAUUUCUCUAGCCAGGGCCACGCCCCGAGUGCGAGUCUGCCGGACAAGGAGCGCCAGCGUAGAAAAACACCAUGCGGAAAGAACUCGCCGAAGUCCGAUAAGGCGUCGGGCAGAGGAGGCACAUCCGUCAAUGGGAGUUUCGGUGGAUAGCCCGCGGAUGAAUGCAUCUGGGAAGGUAAUCUUCCAGGGGCUGGAAAGGAGCUCGAGCAGCCCAGGUAACUUUCCCGCAGCCGGCGUCCGUGGUCAUCACUUCCGGGCAAAGCCCUUCAGGGCGAUGGAGAGGUCGUACUCGGUCAACGUCCAAGUCGCGCCUGUGCUCAACGUUAUCCCGGUUGGCUCUCUCCGAGUCUGCUCGUCCAGGUCGGGUUCCUUCUUCGGCUUCGGGCAGCUCUUCACCCCCCACAGGAAAGCGAAGGACGUCUCCGCCUCGAGGUGGAAUCCUCACAGCAGAAGCCAUGCCAUCGACAAAACCUGAACUGAACCGAACUCAAGAUAACCAAAAGGAAACUUUUUUUUCUUUAAGCUAAAGAGUUGAUUCUGCCUCAGUUGUUCAAAUCUAGCCAUGUAUAACUUCAGAUCUGCUGUUAAUCCUUCAACUUAAUCGUUCAAGUUUUGAUCUUCGACCUAGUUCCGGUACGUUCUCCUCUUUGUGCAAUUCUUUCAACAUUUUUUUUACUAAGGCAUACUUGUUGCUACUGUUUCCAUGUGACGAUGUUCAUUGUCCAGAUUGCCGUGCGGGCACACUACAUUCCAUGGUAUAUCUUUCCCCACAUUGAUCCCUAACUAGAAGAUAUUACUUUUUUUUUUUGUUGGAAUAAAUAGAUGAGGUGCAUGGAUAGGCAUUAAGAAUUUGGAGCCAAAGUUAUAUUCAUGCUGUAGUGGGUCUUGUUCUCAGUAGUUGGAGCACCUAUAAGCAGGCUUUUCAGUGACAGACCUAACCUUGCUUCUAGGUGCAGAGAUUCCCUUUUCCACUUAUCUUAUUUUUUCUUCACUUGGCCUCUUCCCCGGGAGAAAUAGUAACAAGGAGGCAAAGUGAUGCUAC